AUGGCAGUAGUAAGUACUUAUAAGCUACCACUUGACACCAGUGAAAUGAUUCUAAAUAACAUAAUCCCCAAAACAGCUUGUUUAUUGAGCAGAUCCAUGAUAUAAAAAAAAACAUUUGAGUGGAAGAACACAGUGCAAGCAAGUUGAUGCUCCUGGUCCAUGAUGUGUCAUGUGUCAGUGUGGAGUCCAGCUCCUGACCACACCUGUCACCCAAAGCAGUAGGCUUUGCAUGCCUGCUAUGGGGUAUAAGAGCUCCCAUACUGCCUUCCAUUCUCUAAAGGCCUUUCUCACUGAGCACAUUCAAUAGGCUGGUUAUUUAUAGGAUGGAUAAGGAUAUCCUGUGGGCCACGACGAUAGUGGACCAAAAAGCUGAACUGGACCAACAAGAGCAGAAACACAGGACACGUGCACAGAAGCUGGGAAUUUUGAUUGUGGAUGAAAGUAAAGCCCAAAGACAGAUGAGUGAUGAAACACUCAAUCAGAGUACUGCAAAUAUUCCGUGUCCUGUGGAUUGUGAAAACUUCUUGAAGGCAGCCAUAAAUGGAAACGUCAAAGUUAUUGAUAAAUUUUUAGAAGUCGGAGGAGACCCAAACACAGCCGAUGAGUUCAGAAAAUCAGCACUUCACAUGGCUGCCUUUGAGGGUCAUGUUAAGAUUGUGGAGAGAUUACUGGAUAAGGGAGCAAACAUUGACUUCCGCGACCGGUUGGCUUGUACGGCUGUGCACUGGGCCUGCCGGGGUGGACGUGUAGCUGCUCUUAAACUCCUGCAGUGCAGAGGCGCUGACUUAAACAUCAGAGACAAACUUUUGAGCACUCCGUUACAUGUGGCUACCAGAACAGGCCAUUGGGAAGUCGUGGAGCAUCUUAUAUCCAGUGGUGUCCAGAUUAAUGCCAAAGACUGGGAGGGUGACACUGCAUUGCAUGAUGCUGUCCGACUGAACCGAUACAAAAUAGCCAAGUUGCUAAUACUGGCUGGAGCAGACAUGACGAUUAAGAAUACUGAGGGUGUUACUGCGAGGGAGCAGGUGAAGAUGUGGCAGUGUGACACUAAGGAGAUGCUGGAGCAACUGGACCAGAUGAAAUAGUAUUUCAUUUCAUAAAGCACAGUUGAGGGCUCACAUGAAAAGAUUUAUGCUCCCUUUCACUGGAUUAGAAUUAUUGAUUGAAUUUUAUCUGUACAAUACACAUGGGGUUUGUAUAGAAAUUUUUGCAUUGCUGUGUAUUUUAGCUUAUCAUCAUUUUAGCUUAAUUUAAACGAUCAAUUUGUUUCGUAUCCAACCUACAGCCACAUAGUACAGAUACGGAUACAACAGAUUAGAUUUAGAUUGAUAUAAAUCACCUCUAUUACAGCAGCUUACUGAGUAUUUGUUUGAAUAAACUAUCUCAGGAUUUUUAUGUUUUCAUUUAACUGAAUUUGGUUAAAUAUGGUUGUAAUUAUCCAAAAAAACAACAACAAUAUAUUCUUUCAAGAAUUUGAGCAAAGCCAUAUUAUUGAGUUGAACUUGCCAUGGUAAACAGUAACCAUCACUAUUAACUUGUGUGCAGUUCAUCUUCCGUUGACAUUGUGAUUGAAAUAAUAUGUUAUGUAUGCAGAGACAUAUUUACCCACAUUAAUGUUAACUGCAUUAAAGCACAAAUGCACUGCUAUGUUCUAGGGACAAUGAAGAAAGAAGGGUUAGGAUUUCUGUUUCGUCCCUGACUUAACAGUAGGCUUUGUGAUGAGGCAUUAGUGCAUAGUUUCCGGUUACUAUCAGCGGGUUACCCUUUUGUACAACUGAAAUGGAUAUACUGUACCCUUGCCAGUCACAUGGAUCAGCAAUAUCAUGCUUUGUAAUAAUGUAAUUAAAACUUAAAUAAAAAUAAAUAAACCUGUUGCACCAUCAUCUUUAAACCCUUAACAUUUUGAGUGCCCAUUAACCAGUGUGGAAAUCAAUGUGAGAUGUUUUUGUAAACCUUACAUACAUACGAACACAUACACCUACACACUGUAGAGGCUUCAUGAGACUGGAAAUUUCUGUUUGGCUCUGCUUACAUCUGACCUCUAUGUAUCUGGCACUUUGUCCAUGGUGAGAGAUUGAUUUCUGCCACCAUUUGUUCAAGCACUGAUGUUUUAAGCCAACCAGGAAUCACCUUCAUUUUCAUUUCGCAUAUCCAUGUGUUUUUAAAAGAUUAACAAUCUCUGCACUGAAAGAUUGUAUGCAUCUUCUUUUGUGUUUUAAAUAAUUGUUGGAGAAUCAAAUAAGAGUGUUUACCAGCGUCAUCCCUUUGACCUAUACGCAGACUAGAUUAUCUCCACUGUAUGACAUGCCAUAAAACAAUAUAUCAAUAAAAUCUACUUAAAUAUAUUUAUAUUUCAAAUGAUCAUCUAGCUGGUACACUUAAAAAAUCUGGAAGUCAUUUUUUAAUUCUUAUUCUGUACGCUAACUGCCACUAGAGGGCGACGUUUUGUGAAAUAAACCCUGUCUAGUCCUGUGUGUUAGACAGAAAUGUGUUUUCUCUAUAGAUUAGACUGGCAAUUUGUGAAACAAAGCAUCUGUUGAUCAUUUGCUGUGGUGGCAAAAACUAAUCUUGCAAAUAACUUUUGUGAUAUAUUAAAAAAAAUGCCUAGUGUAUCACAGGGCAUGUGAUUUUUGGACAAAUGAAAAGUCAGGCAUUGAU